CGUCAUUCCAAGAACACGAAUCAACGAACAAUCGAUAAUAUUAGUCAUGGUUACAUCGCGCGCCGGUCUGACAGGCAACCAUUCAAGUUGCCGCCGCUUCUAUUUAACUAGAAGAACGGACUGCCAUCUAAAAUGACUCAGAUUCAACAACCUCUAGAGAGUUCACUAGAGAGUUCGCUCGACCAUGAUGAGCUCGCGGCCUCGUAUUCGUGAUCUUGGGUAUGGACCUGGCAAAUUCUCCCCGGGUCCAAAGAACUCGAUUCUUGACGUAAAAGAUGUCUCCGUCGGCCAAGUCACGCUUCACCAAGGGACUGACAUACAUACCGGCUUGACUGUCAUUCUUCCUCGCAGGAUUGAGGAAACUCCUGUUUUGCCUUGUUAUGCAGCAGCUCACGAUCUGAAUGGGAUGGGAGAGCUGACUGGGACCCAUGGCUUCACAGAAUGGGGUUUUAUCAAUGGACCGAUCGCCUUGACCAAUACCAUCAGUGUUGGAAAGGUAUACGAUGGUCUCUUCUUGUGGCAGCUGGAGCAAGCUCUGAAGGGCGGAAAAGAUGACCUCGAAGCUUCACGCCUCUUAAACAUACCUGUUGUGGGAGAAACUUACGACGGUCUGUUAAACGAUAUCAGUGCAUCAGUCAUCGAUAAGAAUACGGUGUAUGAUGCCAUUGAAGCGUCGAAAACCCAGAGCGAGGUGCUAGAAGGAAACUACGGUGGCGGUACAGCAAUGCGCUGCCAUGGAUAUAAAGGAGGGACUGGAACAAGCUCCAGAAUUGUGCCUGGCGCUGAUAAAGACUACACGCUCGGUGUCUUGGUACAAGCAAACCAUGGUCAGAAACCAGAUCUCCGUAUUGCAAAUGUGCCAGUGGGAGAGCUCUUGGUUAGAGAAGAUGCGCCAGCUUCUGAUAGCAGCGCCUCCGAUACAACCACGCGCUUUCCGAAAGGCGGCAAGGCAGCAGAAGGAAGUAUCAUAGUUGUCAUUAUGUCGGUGGCCACUCAGCAGGGAGGAACUACUCCGGGGAGAUAUUCCUUGCUCUAUCGACCGGAACGUCUCCAAAUGAGCUAGCAACAGAGUCUAGUGGCUUUGACUACCUGCCCCCACUAGAAACGCAGGCGGUAGAGACCGUCAAGAAUGAGGUUAUAGAUUCCUUGUUCUACGCAACAUCCGAAGCCACCGAGGAAGCCAUCCUGAAUGCCCUUUGCAAGGCAGAAACCUUGACAGGAUUCAAGGGGCGAACGCAGCCUGCUCUGCCUGUAGAUCGAGUCAAGGAACUGCUGGGUAAGUAUAUGGUCAAGCUGCAGCCUCUUUGAUGUCUCUAGGUCAGUAGAUCUAGAGAUUCUAGACUUGGGAUCUCAGGGACUAUAUACUUCGGUAGCAUCUCGGUCCGUCCCCGUAUAGCUUAUUUUUAGAUUGACAAUAUUCCGCACCUUGAAUAUCAAGCAUUUAUAAUGCAUAUUUUGAUUUCUGUUUAGAGGUCC